CAUUACGUUUCAAGCAUAGUUUAGAUGUUCCACAAGUGUGAUACGCGUACGAAGCCGCUAUAGCUGAAAGAAACUUCUGCUUUUCAUUCACGGAAAGACUGGAUAUAGCAUGGUACACAGAAAAGCAACAUUACUGUAAUUUCAUGUUCUCUUAAUUAUGGAGCGAACUUUUCUGGGUGCGCUAGCAAAAUUCACUGACCGUCUAGGAUCUUGCCUAACUUCGGCGGACUAGGAGAACCACGAAAACACGAUUCAUAUGAAGGGUGAAGUGCCACUGCCACGCUAGCCCGUGUGUCCCCCUCUCCCCAGCCCCUCCCGUCCGGCUUCCAUGUCAGUGUCUGUGAGGAACCCGCCUCAGAGGCGGAAAUCCCUAGGGCCUGUGUCCCCAAAACGCCUCUACAGGAACCUGUCCGUCAGGCUAAGGGGUGGCGAGUCCAACUCAACCAGCGAGUCAGAGUCCCCCAACCGCCACAGCAGGGCAACACCCGCCUAUAAGUCCCUGUGGGAGGCUGUGGAGAACGAGGACACGCUGGCAGUGCAGUGCCUGCUGUCUAAGGACCGUGCAGCAGGCGGAGGAGGGGAAAAGCGGGAGAAGAGAGAGAGAGAGAGGGAGCAUGAGAAAGGUGUGAACAGGAUGAGCGAGCAGGGCCUGGUGCCCCUCGACGUGGCUGCUCUUACCCACAACUCCCCUCUUCUCCAUGUCCUCAUCAAGGCUGGGGCCAGGCACAAUCCAAACUUGUGCCGUCCGUCAGACUGGCUGGUGAAGCUGGACUCACUGGUGGCGCUGGCAGGGCAGAGGGUGGAGGAGCGCAGGGAGGAGGUGCUGGAGAGGGUGGGGUCGGGGCCGCAGGGACAAGCUGACGCCCAGAGGCAGCUCCGCAUCUGGACGCUCCGGCAGCAGCUGUACUGGAAGAUGAGGGACCACUUCCGCCUCACAGUCCUUCCUGGACCUCCUAGCUGCGUGUCGCUGCUGGUGACCAGUGCGACCUCUCUGUCGGUGUCCUUCAGUGAGCCGGAGGGCAGCGGAACCGGGCUAGUUACCCGCUACAGAGUGGAAUGGAGCAUCUCCCCCAAUUUCAAGCCCCUGUGUGGAUCUGCCCUUGUCCUGGACACAAAGAGUCUGUUCUACAACAUCACCGACCUCCAGUCUGGGGUGCAGUACUUUGUGAGAGUGAGUGCUUACAAUGUCAAGGGUUGGGGUCCAUUCCAGAGCUCCAGCCCGGCCAGCGCUGCCCCCUCCAGCUGGAGGGAAUGCGUCGGCGUCAAAGUGAGGAGCAAGCAGCCAGAGGCUGGCGUGCGGAGGCUGCUGGAGCAGAUCAGAGAGCCACACUACAGGGGAUACUGCAUAGAAAGCUCCAGACAGCAGAGCCCCAGUAAGCGUCUGUCUGUGUCCCGCGGCCUGAAGCAGCUCUUCCAGUCAGCCACCAAGUUCGUCCGCCUGCUGCAGAGAGGUGUGUACCUGGCUGCUGUGUUCUACCACAAGGACAACAUCCUUGUCACUGCGGACGACCAGAUCCCAUUGGUUGAGAUCCAAAGCUGUUCCACCUCUGUCACCCAGGACUUCCUUUGGUUUGCCAAGCUGUCCUGUGCCUGGCAGCAGGUACCCUGGCUCCAGCAGGCUCUCUCCUCCUCCCUGUCUUCCUCGUCAUCCCUCCUUCAGAACAGACACAGCAUCCUGCGGGCUGUGGCACAGCUGCAGUCCUCUCUUGGGACGGUGGAUCUGGGACAGGUGUACUACGAGCCCCUGAAGGACAGACAUGGGAAUGUCCUGCUGGUGACACUGAGGGAGUGUGUACCCCCUUCCCACACCCCAGACCCCCCUCUGCACUGGAUUGCCCUGUCUCGCAUGGACAGGAACAGGCACAGGACACCCCUGCUGCCCGAACCGACGGCUGUGGACACUCUCAACGAGCAGCUAAAGGACAAGCUGUCCUACCACCGGCGAGGCACCCAGAAGGCCCAGACGGGCCUGUACAUCGGGGUCCUGAAGCUCAGCAGCUCGGUGGAUCAGAUCAGGGUCCUGGUUUCCCAGAAGAUGCCCAACCUGCUGUGUCACGCCAAGGUCCGCCAUAAUCACCACGUCUCCCGCGAAGAGUGGGCGUGGCUACAGAGUCUGACUGUGGCUGGUCAGCCUGUGAUUGGCAGCACGGAGGUCCAGGCGGUGCCAGAGGAGUUUGUGAGGUCGUUGCGACUGGCGGUCACAACUCUGCUGACGAAGCUGAGUAUUCCCCUCUACAGGGGUUAUCAGUACCGUAUGUACACCCAGGAGCUGCUGCAGUUUGGAGACCAGUUGUCCAUGCUGCUGCUGCUGCCCCCUAGUGAAGACUUCAGCGCCAGCCCCAGCCCCCGCCCAAUGGACUGGGUGCAGGACCCCACCCUCUCCCUACCCUUGCAGAUCUUUGAGCUGGUGCAUUUCUGGGCGUAUGAGCGGGACUUCCUGUCCCACUAUUGCCAGGCUUGGGUGCGGCUGGAGCUGGACUCCCACCUAUCUCAGCAGGCCUUGCGUGAGGCACUGGACAGCAAAGAGGUUCAGGAAGCGAAGGAACGCCUGGAACACAUCACACAGAUGUUACAGAGUCUGGACUCCAUGUGGCGGGAGGCACGCUGGAUCACGGACGUCCUGCAGUACGUCCGACUCAAACACAUCGGCGGGAUGGCUCAGCUAGGACGCCUCAUGGGAGGGGAGCCGCCCAUCCCCGAAACCAUCCCUGAGGAGGAGGAAGGGAAGGAGCUCCCCUCUCGCAACCUGCUGCACCCUCAGACAGAGAGUGUGAAGACGUGCGGUGUGGGUCAGCUUUUCGCGAGCGACCGCGCUGGGCAGGUGGACGCCCCUGGAGACAUUCAGCCGGAUGUGGUCGCCGGGGAGGGGGCCAGCGAGGGGCACGGAGCCGGGCGGGGUCACCGGGCCCCCCAGGAAGCGGCGUUCUGCGAUUUCCCAGAGCUCUCCGCUCACAGCUCGGCUCAGGCAGGGGCGGGCGGCUACAAUCCCGCCAGUCACUGCAGCCGCAGCGACGGGAGCCAGUCCAGCGCCGACGCGGACGUCUACCAACAGCUGGAGCAGGAGGACGAGGACGCGGACGGGCCAGUCCGCGUCAUGACAGACAUUUUCGACGGGUUAGCUCUGGCGAAGCCGGAACGGGAGGCUCUCAGUGGCUUCGGAAACGGUGCGCCCAAGGACUGCUUCAGUUUCGCUUACGAAGACGACGUUAGCGUAGCCGCCGGCUGCGCGGUUUUAGGGGACGGGAUCUGCAUAGGGUCGAGAUUUUGGGAUCCGUUUGAAUGCCCGGCCACUCCGCCGCUCAUACUGGGACCCCCUCCUCCCACUGCUCCUGCUGGUGUCGAGCUAGGAGAGCGUGUGGCGAUUCACACUGGCGGCAGGACUCACGGUCUGCCGGCGAGGAGUCUGGUGGAGUGGGUGAGCUCCACCACAGAGCAGUCCUGACCACACACCUGUUCCUCACCCUAAGUCACUUUCACCUUUUUAAAAAUAUGCUUUUCCGGGAAUUCCCAGGUUCCCAUGGCUACCAUAUCCUCCAUCAGCUUGGGUUGGCACACACUAGGACACACGUCUCUUUUCUAGCUGCAGUCAUCCAGCUGCAGUUCCUGAGUCACUGUGCAGUUACUGAACCACAGCACAAACAGUCAGUCACUGUGCAGUUACUUAACCACAGCACAGUCAGUCACUGUGCAAUCAGCUCAUGAGUACCUGUGCAGUUACUGAGUCACUACGCAAACAGUCACUGCACACAGUUGCUGAGUCAUUGUGGAAACAGUUCCUUAUUCACCACACAAAGCAGUCACAGCACCAACUGUUACAGCACAGAUUCACUGCACAAACAGUGGCUAUGCAAGCUGUUCCUAAGUCACUGCGCAAACAGAGUCACGGCGUAAAUUGUUCUUGAAUCACUGUGCAAAUAUUCACUUAGCAAAUAGUUAGUGCAAGCUGUUCCUGAGUCAUCAACAUUUUAUGCAAAUAGUUUCAACACACACGUUUCUGUAGGACUGACCACCGGACUGAAGUUCCAGGCCUUAGGAUGCACCACUGCACUCAGGACAAAGUGCCUUAACUAGAGGCUCAGGCAGGAGAAAGGGGGGAGGGGCAGUUGUAAAAUCCCUUUUUGCAGUGGUGCAAAAGAGAUGCAUACACCGAUAUGGCGUCUCACUCUGUUCAUCAGCAGGGGGGCCGCCGUCUCCACGUUUCUUAAAUAACAAAUAUUGAGGUUAGAUUUUCAACAUAAUAUGCUGAGAUUAGGAUUGAAGUUUGCGUCAAAUUACCUGGAUCUGUGACCGGAACAUAUUACACUGUAGUUUUUGGCAGAGAAAAUGGUUUUGGAACAUUUCAUGCAAUAUGUUGUUAUACUGUAUGUGGGUGUGUUUGUGGUUGUGAUUGCUUGAGGUUGGUGGUUAUGCUCACAUUUCAAAUUUGCACAGUGGAUUACCUUUUUAUUAAAAAAUGAAAAGAAAGAAAAAUAAAUAAAUCUGUACCCCUUCCAGGUAUAUGGUCUGUUUUGAAUACUUUACAAUAAUAAAAAAGGAAAAAUUU